UUCACGAUGAUCAGAGCAAUGGAUGUUCAACAGGAAUUCCUCUCGUGCAGUAUUUGCAGCGAAAACUAUGACGAUGAAUUCCAUAUACCACGUGUGCUUCCAUGUCUACAUACAUACUGCCAGGUUUGCCUUCCUAAACUUUCAACCAACAGCGUCAUAAUUUGUCCAGUCUGUAAUGCAAAGAGUAGACUACCCACAUCAGGCGUACGUGGUUUCCCAAUAGAUACAACAAGAAGAAACUUUCGAGAAUUUGUCAAGUUAAAGAACGACAACUCGUGUAUUGCAUGCAAUGACUGUCCUGACGACAAUACAGCAUCAGAUUUCUGCAAGAAUUGUAAUAUAUACCUAUGUUUGGAAUGCAAACAUAUUCAUAGGAGAAGCAUUGCGUCUGCAUCCCAUGUAAUUUUAUCUAUCGAAGUUCUUAAAGUUUCGGGUCCAGAGGUUUUUCAACGAUGCCUGAAAUGCACAAAAGUGGGUCAUGAGGGACAGCCUCUUGCCUUCUUUUGUUCGAAUAUGGAGUGUAGGACGUUAUUGUGUAGCACGUGCCUGGGGCAAGAUCACAAUUCACUUAAUGGUCACAUAGUACAAAAUACUGAGGAUGCGCGGCAAUUGAAACUGACUGAAGUAAAAAGAUUAUUCGGCCAUCUUGAAGAUGCCGUGACUCUUACAAGGAAAUUGACUGAACAACUAAAGCAGGAAAUUCUCAAUAUUGACAUUCGGGAAUUCGAAAUGGAAAAAGAAGUAGACGCCACUUUUGCUCAAAUUCAAGCUAUGCUUGACGAACGGAAAGCCGAUUUGAAAACAGACAUUUCAAAAACUUUUGAAAAACAAAGGACCGCUUUAGUAAGCAAAUCAGAAAAGAUCGGGAGCUUCAGUGAUAGAGUUGAAAAUGCCAAAACAUUUUCUGUGAACAUUUCAAGAAAUUGUGAUCCGUCCGAAUUUCUGCUUCUUUACAAUAUUUUGCAACGACGUUUAAAAUUUCUGACUCGUCAUGAAGUUAACAAGUCAGUUCAGAUAUCAACUCCGGCCUUCGACACGCAAAAUGUCCUUACUCAAUUUAAGGCAUUUGUGUCCACACUAGGAAACAUAUCUACGGAGACACGUACAAGGAAUUUGACCUUCUUCCGCAAUCAAACUGAUCUAACCUCGACGUCGAGACCAUCUUCAAUCAAGAUGGUGGUGGACCAACACACGGAUGUUCAAUAUCCUGAGAUUGUACUGGACAAAGAUACAGUCCACAGAUACCGUGUUGUCAGUGUUUGUGGUCGGAAACUUCACAGCAAGUCCUCGUCUAAGAAGAAACCUGGACAUUCUUUGUACUCAAGGAAGCAGUUGCAUACCUACAGAGGUGGUGUAGGACACCGGUCAUUUCAACGACCAGGAAGGUUCUACUUCGAGGUCGAUAUCAACAUCAAUAUCCUAAAGGACUUGGAUAACUCCAAUCUGGUGUUUGAGGUAGGUCUUUGUAGCUUGGAGGAGGUUGAUCGGGGUUAUUAUCUCUAUGAGCAGGAACAUGCCUGGUCACUUUGUGGUCAGCACUGUGAACGCCACAACAUGGUAUGUCGAUAUCUUCGUCACAAGGGGCGCAAUUUGCAUCAUACAGAGCUCAUGUCCAGUACAGUAGGUACUAAAGUAUGUGCACGGUAUGGAUUUCUUAUGGACACGGAUAUGGACAAACUAGCAGUAUAUGACUGCCAAACACACAACAGAAUCUUCACAUUCGACGACGUCGGGCCUGGACUAGAACUCUGGCCCGUGCUCGGUUGUCACUGGCCGAGUAAGGUCAAGGUCACCAUGACAUUACGGAGUGGACGCGACAUUGCUCUACCGGAUGUUCCUGUCACACGAUCAUUCUCAAUGGUAAUUUAAGGCAAUUACUGCUCACGCAAUUGUCUGACCUUGCGGGUCAAAAGACAUCAUGAAAGAGUUCGUCUGUUUUAUCUAUCGUGUAAAACCUCAUUAUAUCCAGUAAAUAUUUGAGCAUUUGCGAUAUCGAUUCCGUUGUUUGCAAAUAAAGCAGAAACGUAGGUACAUUUUGUAUAUAGUGAUUUGAAAAUUCCCCCGCCAGUCUCUGAUGGCGCUAAAGCAAAUGAAAUUAUCCAUUAGUCAAGGGGUAUAUCAUUUUGAAUCAAUUUGCGUACGCAAUUGGCAGUCGGUGUAUGUUUCAAUAGCAAGCACUCCC